CCACCAGUUUUCACAAUUCAACAGAUUUAUUAAACUCAGCAGGUAGCGGAGGAACUUAGUCGAUCGCAACACUCGCGAAUGAAUCCACGAGUGUUGAUUUCAACAGAUUCCAAAUUGACUCGCGUUACUUUGUGAUUUUGUGCAACCACGAGGCCAUAGAUCUGUGCGAAUCGUAAGUGGGACAAUCGCAUUCUCUCACGGAAUGCGAGUUUUUUAUUCAAAGAGCAUCCGGUGAUAACCUUCGGAGCGAAACGGAAAAAUCUCCGGCUUGCUCCGAUCCGUGAGAGAGAGAGAGAGAAAGAGAAGACGGACUCACAGGAAAAAUAAUAACUACAAAAAUUAGAUACUACUAGAAAUAAACAUGAUAUUCAUCGGAUUGUUUGUUCUUUACCUCGCUAUAACAGCUACCAAUACACAGAAUGAAUGCUCGGAUAGACGCGCCACUUGCAUUAACAUCCGUAAUUGUGCGAAUAUUAUAUCAAUCUUGAGGGAUAGUCCGAGACCACUUUCGCCAGAAAUUUUGCAAAUGCUCAGGGAUACGCAAUGCGGCUUCGAGGGCAACGACCCGAUGGUUUGUUGUGUGAACCAGCAACCGACUACAGUACGAACAACACUACGGACAACGCAAUCAACAACGAUAAAACCUACGGUACAGCAGCAGGACACCGAUGUUUCCUCUCCACCAGAUGUUGCGAACCAUCCGAACCUACGUCUAUUGGAUCUUCAAAAGUGCGGACCUGUCGUCCAGCAGAAGGUAUUCGGCGGCAACAAGACCGGAGUCUUCGAGUAUCCAUGGAUGGCAUUAAUCGCUUAUGAUACCGGAAAGUUGAAUCCGGAAUUCCGUUGCGGUGGUACGGUCAUCUCCAGACGAUUCAUCCUCACUGCAGCUCAUUGCGUCACUCAACUUCCAGCGGAUAUCAGAUCGCUGAUAGGCGUCAGGGUAGGAGAUCACGAUAUAAGCAAGGAACGUGAUUGCGAUUACGACGAGAAUGGACUUGAGAUCCAAUGCGCCGAGAGAUAUCAGGAUUUCGGUGUGGAAAGUUUCUACUAUCAUCCCGAUUAUACACGAACGAAACUACAAAAUGAUAUCGCGCUCAUUAAAUUGAACGGUUCUAUAGACUUCAGGCCUUUGAAUGUCAAACCGAUUUGCUUGCCACUUGGCCCUGCAGCAUUGAUGAUACCGAAAAAGGCAAUAGUAACCGGUUGGGGCGCGACGGAAUUGGGCCCGCGCAGUCAGGAUCUUCUUCAGGCAAAGCUGCCGCUGGUGACUAAUGAGCAAUGCAAGGAAGUGUACAAGCGGUCGACGCAGAUCUGGUACAAGCAAUUGUGCGCCGGCGGUUUGCGCGACAUAGAUUCCUGCUUCGGUGACAGUGGCGGGCCUCUGCAAGCCAUCGGUAUAUAUAAUGGCAAUACAAUACGCACCAUUCAACACGGCGUGGUCAGUUACGGGGUAAGGGAGUGCGGUACUGCGGGUAUCCCGGGGGUCUAUACCAGAGUUGCUUAUUACAUGGACUGGAUUCUCAACACGAUGACGGAUUGAGAUCGAUCUUUUAAAGUGAAUUUUUAUCGCGUCAAAAAUCCGCUUUAAAAGAGACGACGGAUAUCGAUUCCCUUCCGGUUCUCCGGAAAAAACGUCUUUCAUCUCGUAGGUAUUUCUGAUUUGCCGGGCAUGAAUAAUUUAGAUCGCGACGAAAGUAGGAAUUCCGAGAGAUAAUAAGAAUAGAUAAGAUUGAUUUUAAAUAAUUGGCAAAACAAAUAAAAUUGCAACGGCGAGAGAAAGAUAAAAUUUCAACGCUCAAAAAAGUAUAUGGUUUAAUGUUUAUAAAACAUGGACAUUUCUAUGAUAAAUAUUUUUAAAUAAUAAAAAUAAUUAUGUUUAUUAUAAUUGGUUUUAUAUUCAUUAAUCUUUUUAUUAUGUUAAAGAUUAUAUUUCUUAUUACCGGUACAAUUUUAUUUUAUUAGAAUCUUGUGAAAUUUUAAUUUUAAAAACUAAAUGUAAUUCAAAAUAUGUUAUACUUUUUAAAUGAUGAACGUUUUGAAUAAAAAAAGCGAAGAAAAAGAGAGAGCGAAUGGAAUUUUUUACUUGGUACAGAAUAAUAGACAUUUUAUUUUUCGUGCUGAACUGAUAUGCAUAUUUACGAUUUAUUAUUAGUGUUAAAUAUGUCAUUUUAUUUGUACUCUUUAUAAUAUAUCGUUUUUUUGUAAAA